CAUCUCCAUGGAGACUGGGAUGCGCCAUGGGCAAUGUGGGCAAUGCGUUGACGCGGCCCAGUCGCGGAAGGACGGAUGCCUCACCAAGGUGCAGGAUGAGCCAAAGCGCCUGCGACCGGCGGGCUAUGGAGAAGAGGUGGUCUUGAAGAAGUAUUGGAGAGAAUGUGGCAUCAAGGACGGAAGAGAGACAUGUGGCGAAGAGGUGGAUUGCAGCCAAGCGAUCCAGGUCAUCCUGGAAAUUAAUCCCCAUGAGCUGAAGAAAGUGGAGGAUCAAUCCGAACAGUUUGAACUGGUCUUCGUGAUGAAGAUGUACUGGCAGGAUCCGAAGCUGCAUAGCUUCUGGACGAAGGUGGUGCUCCGCAAGAAUCAGAAGGUGGAGGGCAAAGAAGCGCCAGCAGAGGAUGCGGGUCAUGGUGACGGUGGCGAAGACGGAAGUUCGAAGGAUUCGCUGCAAGCCUUUGAAGCGCCCUUGCAGGAGGUUGAAGGGGUGGUGCGACGGAAGUACCUCAACGGGGACCUCCUCUUCGUUGAAAAAGAUGGAAAAGAUGAAGAUGGUCGCUUCAAGCCUGCCAGAAUCCUCAAAAAGGAGGACUAUGCCUAUUUGAAGGAGCCGGAGUGGGAGCAUUACUUCUUCCCCAACUACACCUUCAGUAACUUGGUGUCGUUACUUGAAGGCAUUGAGGAGAAAGGCAAAGCCCGAUUGGUUUGGUGCAACGAGGACAGGGGCGGCUUCGUAGAGUUCACUAGGCGCUACGACGCCACCUUCCAGGAAAGGCUGGAGUUAAGGCGCUUUCCCAUCGACAAACAGGUUCUGCAGAUCAAACUGACUGCGGAGGCGGACCUCAAGGACUUCCAGUUUGUACUCCUGGACGACAAAGGAAGAUGUCCUGAAGUGAGCGGCGAAGAAUGGGAAGUUGAGAAAGACAUGCAAGACAAAUGCACCACCUACAUCCGCUAUGCGGACGAGAAGUACCCCUUUAAAAACAACCAGCGGUCGCUGGUAAAGACUGUCCUGCACAUCCAGCGCAAGAGUGACUACUACUUCCACAACGUCAUGAUUAACAUCUUCCUGGUGAAUGUCAUCGCCCUCUUCGCCUUCUCUGUGCCGAUCCCGGACGUCGGGGAUCGCUUGGGCUUGCUGAGUGGCACCUUGGUGGCGGUCACGGCCUAUCAGUCGGUGAUCAACUCGGUGAUUCCGCGAAAACCGCAUCUCACACAGUGUGACAAGUACGUGAUCUUUGCUGUGGUCUUCCAGGUGGCCUUGGGUUGUGAGACGACUGUGCUGGCCUUCUGCACACAGUUUUUGGAGAAGUCCUUGGAAACCCAAGAGGAAAUUGAUGACUUAGCAGCUCUCAUUGCCACAAUCGACCACAUUAUUGGCGCCUGCUUCGCGGGUAUUUGGGUGAUCAGCAAUGCCACGAUCCUGACACUUUUCAAUAGAAUGUACGAGAAUUGGAAGGCGGUCUACGACUCGAACAAAGAGCCCUUUGCUCCGAUGCAGGAAUGCAUCACCUGCCGAGGAAGGUGGCUCUGCAAACAGGCCACCAUCAAGUCACUGGAGAACGACAAGAAGCUCUGGCGUUGCCCCUUCUGCAAUGAGAAUCGAAGCGGUCGCUUUCGACAGCAUUACUACACACCACAAUGCAAGGGCUUCGACAAGCCCUUGGUGCCCCGGUUGGACAGAAAAAAGUUUGAGGAUGAAAUGCAGAGGCCGAAGGAGAUGAACCAAGGCGAACCAAACCACGCAGAGGAGUUCAACAAAAGAUUUUCUUCAGAGCCGGUGGUGGAAUAAAUCGCUCGUGAGCAGAGCUCACGAUGCUGAGAGUGAAACUGGUGACCUUGACUUUUCGAGAAACUGGUUUUGCAUCCAAUUUGGGCACCAAAAAUAGCUUGUGAAAGAUAUUAAGCUGGAAAAUUCUACAAACAAAUGCUACUGUAAACUCUGGCCGCCUGGCCUGGGCAUCAAAAUCCCGGUUCUACUGAGAUCGGCCAAGACCAAAGAGUCGGGCUGAUGGUCUCACUUAUGGGGGGUCAAUACGAACACCCAAAUUUAUGGUAGUUGAUCCCAGCGUGGAAGGUUCAACUCUGGUGCCUGAUGGUGCCUGUUUCUCUGGCCAUCGGUGCAUCAGGAAACUGCUCCAGCUGUGAAACUCUCAAGACGAGAGGUUUCACCGGUGAUUCCAGUGGCACCCACUGGCCUAAAAAUACACCUUGGGACGAUGAGCAAGAUGCCCAUGGCCGAAACAGAACGACGUUUGGGGAUG